UCCGCUGAGCGGAGUUUCCCCUUUAAGAGCGUGUCUUCGGGGUGGCGCUUUCUCCCAUCAAGGCUUCUUGAUAUUAAUAGCGCCGCUGUGUCUUCCUCUUCUGACGUAAUGCCCACAGCUAGCCUACAGACAGACGAGCAGAAAGGUCCUGUCACAGCUAGGCGAUAACACUAGUCUGAAAAACACACAACCUAGCAGCUCUGCCCUGCUUUGGCGUGACCAGCAAAAUCCCGGCGCAGAGCCGCUUAACAUUGCCAUCGUUACCACAUCGGAAUUGCGUAGUUUCAGAGCCAAAUCACCCACUAAACAGUCGGUAUUAGCCUAGUUUGAUACGCUGCCGUGGAGCCUUAACUCUACCUCUCUUCCCCCCCUUCUCAGACCCAACAGACAAGCCAAGAAACAGUCACCCCGAAUCGACAUCAUCAACAAACAAAAAAAAAGCCCACAAAGAGAGACGAAGCAGCCAGCCAGCAAAACCAUCCAGCCACCAUCUUAACAGGCUGCUCAGAGAGAGAGAGAGAGAGACAAACACAGAGACACAGGGCUAAUGCUGGUCUGAUCAACAGGUAAGCGGCAGCACACUAAACACAACAAAUACACCACAACCGCCUAGUGGGUGCUGCAGUGGCGCUUCUAGAAGCCGAGAUCGUAGCGUGGACGCCCGGCCGAGACCGCACGUUGUACGGGGUGGCUGGCUGGCUGGCGGAUGCAUGCGUGUGUGUGUGUGUGUGUGUGUGUGUGUGUGUGUGUGUGUGUGUGUGUGUGUGUGUGUGUGUGUGUGUGUGUGUGUGUGUGUGUGUGUGUGUGUGUGUGUGUGUGUGUGUGUGUGUGUGUGUGUGUGUGUGUGUGUGUGUGUGUGUGUGUGUGUGUGUGUGUGUGUGUGUGUGUGUGCGCGGUGGGCUGACGAAAAAUAAACGCUGGGUAUCAACAAGUAAUUUAACGGGUAACACACUGACUGCAGCCCCCCCACGCUACAGGGAUGAAUCAGCUUGUUGUAGUGCUGGUAGUUUUUAGUUUGUGUGCACUGGUCUUAUGUAACUAUAACGGCCUCAGAGUGGCGGUAGGGGAAGGAAGAUUUGCUGAAUGAGAGAGAGGGAGAGAGGGGAGAGGAAAAGUGUGUGGCACCGCUUUGAAUUCACAUGGCAUUUAGAUUUGGUUGGGUCAGACACACGCUUCACAAAUACAAAUAAGGGCUCCUGCGGACGGGAUAGCUGGCUACCGCCUCCAUUGUGAUGCCCGUGGAGGACACAGGGGACGUGUUGUGACUUUGUCGCUACAAGGUUUCCAUGGUGAUGACGGCAUCGAUGCCAGCGCAGGCCUGACCGCCGCCCCCGCCCCUCACCCCCCCCCCCCUCCUCCCCCAGCAGCACCACCACCGCCACCCCCCAGUACCAGAGGUGACCGGCGAUGCCUUGCUCAUGAGAACCUAGAACAGUAUUACCGGCUCCUCCCUGCGGUGUGGAGUGGUGUGCUGGACGGUACAUGGAAUAUAUCAAGCGCGCCUAGUUGAAAAAUAACCAAGAGGGAAAACACACACGAGUUAAACACAAGGAGAGUGUGUGUGUGUGUGUGUGUCUUCGGAGGAGCGACGUUCGGACCCGACGGCGCAGGGACCUUUUGGAUAUCAGUGCGGAAGGCGGGCGGUCGGCGGGGGCUUAUCGGACCUUCGGGGGUUCGACGGCGGCGGUAAAUCCGACGCCGAGGCGCGGAGUCACGCGCGAAGCGGGACGGCGAUCGGACGACAAGGCGGGACGCGCCACCCCACCCCACACCCCCAACGGCGGGAGCUGAUGCCAAGUCUGAGAGUGGACCGCCAUGACGCGAUUGUAACCUGAUGAUCAGCAAAGAGAUGGUGAGGAAAAAGAAUCCCCCGAUCCGGAGCGUGGGAGGCGAGGAGGAGGAGGAAGAGGAGGGGAGGAGGAGGAGGCCGACGACGGCGGGAGGAAGAGCAGCAGCAGGAGGCGGAGGAGGAGGAGGAGGAGGAGGAGGAGGAGAGGAGGAAGACGAAGGGGAGGAGGAGGGCCGCGUUGGAGCCGAGGCCGACAGGAUCAUCCGACCCUCGGAGCCCGAGUCGUCGGGGCGGACGCGCGGCGACCGGGGGGAGGGCGACGACGAAGAGGAGGAGGAGGAAGAGGAGGAGGAGGAAGAGGUCGGGAGCGAGUGCGUCUCCUCCUCCUCCGUCUCGCCGUCGUCGGUGGGGGUGCGCGACGACCGCUACAACCGCCGCCACGCCGGGCGGAAGGGAGCGGGCGGCGCCAAGCAGACGGACCGACGGACGGACCGCGGCCAAUCGGAGCCCGGGCGAGGGCGACCGGAAGGACCUAGAGAGGGAGGCGGGCGAGGACGAGGAGGGGGGGACCUCCUCCUCCCGCCCCAGCCUCAGCUGUCGUCGCGGGAGACGGCCGGCGGCGAGGGCGGGCCCACGGCGGAGACUCCGCCCCUCUCGGCCAGCCCGUCGCCCAAGCUGCAGGACUUCAAGUGCAACGUGUGCGGCUACGGUUACUACGGCAACGACCCCGCCGACCUGGUGAAGCACUUCAGGAAGUACCACCUGGGCCUGCACAACCGCACGCGGCAGGACGCGGCGCUGGACACUCACAUCCUGGCCCUGCACAACAUGGCGCCCCAGAUCACCCUGCCCGAUCUCCAGGCGGGCCAGGCCCAGAGGAUCCAAGCCAAAGACACGGGGAAGACGAGGCACGAGGUAUACGGGCAGCAGCACCGGGCGGCCAUGAUGAAUGGGACGUACGAUGUACAGGUGACGCUGGGCGGAACCCUCAUCGGGAUCGGACGCAAGACGCCCGAUUGCCAGGGCAACACUAAAUACUUCCGCUGCAAAUUCUGCAACUUCACGUACAUGGGCAGCAGCUCCCUGGAACUCGAGCAGCAUUUCAUGACCUCGCACCCAAACAAGGUCAAAACCCCGCCCCCCACACCGCACCCGCUGGCCAAUCACAGCCUGGUGAGCCACGAGCUCCACACCAAGGACCGGGGCCUGCUCCUGGACGGCGUGGAGCGCACCGCGGUCAGGGCGGAAGACGAUUCGCUGGCCGGGUACUCCAUCCCGGUCAGGGGCGUCUCCGAUUCGCCGGGCUGGUCGGGGGAGGCGGGCCGGGGCGGCGUCAUGGCCUACUAUUGGUGCAAGUUCUGUAGCUGGAGCUGCGAGUGGGCCGGGGGUGCCGGGAAGCUCCUGGAGCACUACGAGCAGAGACACAGGACGAGCCCGGGGGGGGCUCUGAGCCCCAGACACUCCAACCACGGGGGGCUGGAGAGGGAGAGGGAGAGGGGAGGGAGGAGAGACGGAGACGAGAGAGACCACGGCGCCUUCAAGAGCCGGAAAGACCCGUCGUCCAACGUGAACCAAGAUCCGUCCGGCAGCGACCCGGAAGCGGUGGUGACCAGCUACAACUGCCAGCUGUGUGACUUCCGCUACUCCAUGGCCCACAGCGCCGAGGUGAUCGUGGUGGCGCCCCUGCUGCUACACUACCAGCACAGCCACAGCAUCCACCGCUGCUGCAUCCAGCACUGUCUCUACUGCCCCCAGGGCCUCUGCCAGCCCCACAAACACCUGGGAGAGGUGUCCCACCCCUUCGCCUGCUGCAAGCCCUCCUGCCCCAAGUGUUGCUCCAAGCUGACGGGGGACGGCGCCAUGGCGGGGAAACCGGGGAUGGUGACGUCGCCCAACGCCACCCCCCCCCCCCCCGCCGGGUUUCACCCCUCCAACCACCCCCCAGCCCAUCCUGAAGUCACGCAAGGCGUCACCCACCUGUGCGACCAGUGUGCCUACGCCACGGCCGACAUCGACGUCCUGCUCCAGCACUACGAGGGCUGCCAUUCGCUGAGCAGCCUGAAGGGGGCGUCGCCGCCACCGCGGAGGGUCAAGGCCGAGGACGGCGCGACGGCGGGGGAGAGGGACGGCGGCGGCGAGCGGGAGUUCUCCUGCACCAAGUGUCACUUCAUCACCGAGGUGGAGGAGGAGAUCUUCAGACACUACAGGUGACACACGGGACGCCGUUGGCCACGCCCAUUGGUCAGGGCUGCAUCAGAUCGCAGACACACGGCGCACUGCGAGAGAGGAAGCGC